AUGCAGUUCUCGUCUCUCCUUGCUCUGACCUUCGCGGCUGUCAGUGUCUCUGCUGUCCCAGUCCGCCGUGGUGUCGACCCCGCGCUUGUUAUCCCCUUCGGUGUUAAUGCUGGUACCGCACCCACUGGUACCGGCGAUUGCAUUGGCUUCAACAAUGUCAAGAUCCCAUGCUCGUGCCCUCCCCCCUUCGACGAGUACCUCAAAUCGCUCAGCGCUAAUGUUGCUGCGGGACGCAACGUCAACAACCCAGGUGUCCCGGCGCCGUUCCCCACCGACAACUCUCAGCAAUCGCGCAUCAUUCGUCUGCAAACGCAGAUCACCGCGCUUCAGAACCUUCGUGGCCCUGGUGUUGGAUGCCCCGCCGCAGCGACCAACUGGAACCCCAUCGUUCGUCUCGCAUCGCUCAUUGCUGGGAACCCACCUCCGGCCCCGGCUGCCCCCGCUCCGGCUCCCCCGCCACCACCACCACCGGCUGCUGCUCCCCCGCCACCUCCCCCGGCCCCGGCUGCCGGUGGUGUUAACCCUGCCCAAGUCCUCGAGUUUGGUGUAGCCCGUGGCGCCAAAUUCCCUGCGCCUGCCCCCCCUGACCGCAACGACUUCAUCAAGGCAUUGAACGAGAACGUCGCCGCCGGCAAGCAAGUCAGGAACCCCGGCAUCGCUGCUCCUUUCCCCACCGAUGGCUCCGUUAACUCGCAAAUCAUCCGUCUCCAGACCCAGAUCAGCACUCUCCAGAACCUCCGUGGCCCUGGCCAAGGCUGCCCUGCCGCCGCCACCAACUGGAACGGAAUCCUUGCGGGCCUCAUUGCUCAACCCCACUAG